AUGGAAGAGGAGCCUCCCACAAAGCCUAAUAUGGUCCCGGCCAUAGGACAGGAGGUCCUAACCCUCGACACUGAUUGGUGCUCCCCAAUCAUCGACUUCAUCAAGAACAACAAAAGCUAUCCAAAGGGAAAGGAACACAAGAAGCUUGCUCGUCGAUCAAGCAAAUACGUCAUCAUCGGAACCAAGCUGUUCAAGCACUCGGCUUCCUCAGGAACCCUACGGAAAUGCAUCACACAGGAUGAAGGAAUCCGACUCCUUAGCGAUAUCCACUCGGGUAUCUGCGGCAACCACACGAGCGCUUCCACCCUCGUGGAGAAAGCCUUCCGAUCAGGCUUCUACUGGCCCACGGCUCUGGCCGACGCUAGGAACAUCGACAGUCACAUAUUCGUGGCCAUUGACAAGUUCACAAAAUGGAUCGAAGUCAAGCUGGUGACAGCCACUACAGCAGUUAAGGCAGCCGAGUUCAUCGAGGAGAUAUCACACCGAUUUGGGGUGCAAUGCCAUGUUGAAAGGGCCAACGGCUUGAUCCUCCAGGGGCUCAAAGCCAGAAUUUUCGACCCGAUCAAAAAGUAUGGUGCAAAAUGGCUCCAAAAACUACCCAGAGUAGUUUGGGGACUUCGCACGCAAAGAAGCCGGGCCAGCGGCUACUCACCAUUCUUCAUGGUGUACGGUUUUGAAGCAGUCUUGCCCUCAGACAUAGCUUUUGGUGCUCCGCGCACCCAGAACUACAACGAGAACAAAGCUGAGGCGACUCGAUGCACGGACAUCAACUCGGCAGAGGAGCACUGCCUGACGGCCUCCAUGCAGCACGCGAGAUAUGAGCAGCAGCUCCGGCGCUAUCAUAAUCACAACGUCCAUGAGCGCGACUUCAAUGUCGGCGACCUGGUUCUAUGA